AUGUACUUCGUCGGCACGGCACCAAAAGACACGCCUGCUGACGAAGUCCUCGAUUUGCUUCCCGAAAGUCCUAGCAGCGCACCCAACGUUCUUCCCAAACCGAAUCUACUACUUGCAUCCCCCCACAAACAAUGCAAGCAAUUUGAAGGCCCCCGCACCAGUGAAAAACUUGCCGUUGAUUUCUCUCUGUUGCGCAUGGCCCCGCUGGAUAUCGUUGAAACACCCUCUGAGUAUAUUUUCCGUGUCGACGUACCUGGGUUUCAAGGAAAGGAUUUGAGAGUGAGAAUUAAUCCUGAAACGCUUGUUAUUUCAUUCAAGGGAGAGCGUCGUCAGGAGAAGUCGGCUAACGAGCGGCUUAUUUGGAGAGAAAGAGUGCACGGGAGCUUUACCCGGGAGUUUCAGCUUCCGUCUGAUGCAGACGUAGAACGUGUGACGGCUGCUUGUGUGGACGGCAUCUUGACGAUUUCCGUGAAGAAGCUUCCACCACAGCCUGAGCACAAGCGAGACAAAACUAUUGAUGUCAAAGUUAAAUCUCGACUGUGA